GGGGCCAACUUGCUAUGGAGUUUGGGCCAGCCACACAAGCGUCAAAGGCUUUUGCAAACUUCAAGCACUGCGAAUACAGCCACCAAAGCACUUACUGUAGUUAGAGUUAGGGUUGAUAGUAGGCACGAUGGCAGCAGAAAUCCGCGAAGGCAGUCCAGAAGAGACUGCAGGGAGCACUGAUCCCAAGCAGGACUCUUGGCUUGAUGCACUACUCUGAUCACACGGGCAAGUGCGGAACUCUUGGUUUGUUUCCGUCGAUUGCUUUACUUGAAGGAAUCCUCCGAAUAGUCCAAUGACACGUUUGUUCCUGAUUCAUUAUGACCUGUUUGUUUCUUUGUGCUGCACGCACUGCAUGCAGCUGCACCUGUCAGAUGCGAGCAACCAUCAUUGCCGCCAUCAGCAACCUCUCAACAGCAUACAACUUGGUCAAUGUCAACUUGACCAAUGAGAUUAUGGAGAAUGAAUUUUGCAACGGCGCACACUGCAAUGCUUCAAUUGCUGCAACCAGCACCGCGUGCUUGGCUGGCGCCAUUUUUGGCCAGCUGACUUUUGGAUAUGUUGGUGAUUGGCUCGGUCGAGGGCCUGCGUUGUACUUGACCAUGGUCAUGUCAACCACUGGUGCAUUGGUUUCAGCCUUUGCAGUGCCAUUAAAUCCUCGAGAUCCCACGUCAGUCUUUAUUUUCUUGAGCAUUGCACGCUUCAUCCUGGGCAUCGGGGUUGGUGGAGUCUAUCCCUUGGCAGCCACUGUUGCAGCUGAAGGUUCUAGCAGCUCGAACCGCGGCCGCUCGGUGGCUUUGGUCUUUUCGAUGCAAGGUGUUGGGCAGCUUUUGGUGCCAGUAGUGGGCAUGAUUUGUCUUUACACCUUCGGUGAUGGCAUGGAGCAUGAGAAGACCAAGACAGUCAUGAAUGUGAAGGGUUUGUCCUGGCGUUUGAUCCUUGGCCUUGGAGCUCUACCAGGCAUUUUGCUGAUGCCUUUCCAACGAGCUGAUAGCCAAGCUGCCCGACCAGACACAUCUCAGGCGCCUAGCAUGCUGCAGGCUUUGAGCAAUCGUGCUUACUGGCGGAGCAUUCUCGGCUGUGCAGGAGGGUGGUUUUUGUUUGACAUCACAUUCUACGGAAACUCGUUGUUUGCACCUGCGAUUCUCCAAGAUGUGUUCCAUGUCGACACCGGUUCAUCAACCCCGGUGAUUGGAAGCAAACUUCAGAACAACUUGUGUUGGCAACUUGCAAUCCUGGCGCUUCUUGGGCUGCCGGGCUACUAUGUGUCUGUUUGUUUUAUGGAUCGUUUGGGCCGGAAGAACAUUCAAAUCCAGGGCUUUGGCAUGAUGGCGAUGUUGUACACCAUUUUGGCUGCGUUCUUGGAUGGUAUGGAGGACCUUCCAGCAUUGCUCCUCUUUGUCUAUGGCUUAACGUAUUUCUUCAGCAACUUCGGCCCCAACAGCACUACCUUCAUCCUGCCCUCGGAGUCAUUUCCUCAACAUGUGCGCUCAUCUCUGAAUGGCUUCUGCGCUGCCAUGGGGAAGACUGGUGCUGUUGUGGGUUCUUCGAUGUUCAAGCCAUUGAUAACAGCAGCGGGCACUAGCUUCGUUUUCAUUUGUUGCGCCGUUUGCGCGCUUCUGGGCAUCAUUGUCACCAUCUUCUGCGUUGAUGACAGGCGUGGACAGGAUAUGAUGGGCGAAAGCGAAGAAUCUCUAUCCCAAUCCCGUGAAGACCCAUUUAUAGAGGCCAGUGAUUGCUCCAGAUAGUGAAAUUCUGAAAGCAACGGUUUGCCGCAUUGCAAAGACAAUGAGGCUGUGGGCAAGGUUGAAAGAGCUUCCAAGAAGCCAGACAAGCUGCAAAGUUGCACUUGGGCCAUUGUUUCUGCCCAAUCUGCAAAGCAGACGAAUAGAUACCCCCCUAGUGGUCUCCAAGCUGGUCAGCACCCAGCCCGGCUUCAGACUUUUGGUUAAGAUCAAUGUCGAAAGUGCGGGGGGAAAGUUGAUGAUUGCAAAAACACUUCUUAGUGUGGGAACGUGGACACGGACUAGUCACAAAAUGCUUUUUGUGGUGUGGGGCAUUCAGACACUGAUGUCAUCCAACAUCAUCAAGAGCUAGAAGGGCCAGGCACAGCCUCCACCUUUUGUUCUGGU